AUGAAUGAAAACCUAUUGCGUCGUCGAAGACGUCGGAGACUCUAUGUGACGCAGCCGCUCUGGCUCCUGACCAUCAACUACAUCGCGCAAACAAAGGGCCAUCUAAAGUCCCAUAACGCUGAGGAUUCCACAGGGCAUGUGACAACUUUCUCGGCAAGGGUUGAGCUCGCGCGAAGGAUAAUCAGUAUCAUUGGCUAUCUCUCGCUGUUCUGGCCGGCGAGGUGGCUCGUAUCUGCGCUCCAAUAUGGUCGACCAGCGAAAGAGUCUGUCGACCGAGAUUGCUUUGUCGUCCGGAACAUACUCAAAGGAUCCGCCCUUAGCCUUUCUAAAGCAGCAACUUUGCGAGAAAGACAUGGCCGCGAUCGAAGCGACUAUGUAGCGCUAUCAAUUGAUGACCUGGUCUCUGUGAGCUACGAGGAACAAGAGCAUGAUUGUCUCAUCGAAGCGUCAAACAACACAGGGAACACAGAACCUCAGACUUCACCACUCGAAGAGACUGCUUUGGUCGUGGCUAGAUUCGGAAACCAUCAGCUAGUCGAUGGCAAGAUGCCUUAUGAGGAGCUGGCCAACAUCAGCUCAGGCUGGGCUGAGCCUACAGCAUCUUAG